GAAUUGAGAGCGUCUAGAAGAAUGUGUUUGCGGUGCGUGCAGGAUAUGCGUGCGAUUGCCUGCUGGGUGCUCGUGGUGAGCUGCUGCUGCUGCUGCUGGGGGUCGCACAUCGCACCGCAGGAAACGCUCUCCAGCCACUUCCAAGACACCUUCCUCUCGCAGUUCCCCAACGACAUGAUCCUCGUGCAUUACGACAACGACUCUUACCAUCAUCUCGAUUCGCUCUUCGAUCGCGACACUCUGCCCAGAGGCAUGAUCCUCUUCAACUACGACACGGAUAAAUCGAAGCUGCUGCGGCCGGAUGGCUACGAGUUCCUGCACGUCAUCUUCCUGAGGAACUGGCGCGAGUUCAGCAGGUUCUCGAGGGUAAUCGGGAACGUGCGGCACUCGGAUAUCCUCGUCUUCGUCACCCUGAAGUACAUCCCGAAUUUCUCCAAGUCCUUCUACUUUGACGGUGUCGAGAAUGCGAACGUCCUCUUCAUCUACGUCAUCAACAGCGACGUGGUGUACACGGCGCAAUUUUACGGGAAUCGCGACGGUUUUCUGGAGGAGGUCGCAGUCGGGAAGGACGGGAAGCUGCGGCUGCUGGAGAUGAGGAACACCUUCACCGAUUUCGAGGACUUCAAGUUUCGCGUCGCGUACAGCGACUGCCCCCCGUACAUCUACACUGUAUGCGAGGGUAGGGUGGAGGGCGUCGAAAUGGCGGUGCUCCAGAUCCUCGCCGAGAUGAUGAACUUCGAGAUCGAGAUGAUCCGUUUCGAUAACUUCACGAUGCCGAGGCGUGAGAUGAUCAGAGCGGUCCACAGGAAGCAGGUCGACAUUGCGGUAGGUUGCAUCUCGAACACGUUGCAGAGGAACUCGAUGGUCGACUUCACCGCAGACAUCCACAACGAGGUGCACACGGCCAUCUACAUAACGCACGACUACGGCGGCAGCGUCAGCUCGUCCUUCUUCCGGAUCUUCAAACCCCUUCAGUUCGAUAUCUGGUGUUACAUCCUCCUCUCCAUCAUUCUGCUCGGAUUGAUCUUGAAGAAGGCCGCCGACAUUCUCAUCGGAUAUCGAACCUCGGAUCUAAUCAAAUUCAUCAAGAUACCGUUCAGGAAUCUCGUGGAGCAACCGGUGAUUCUUCCCUCGAACGACUUGACCAUCCGCUGCAUCUUCGCCAGUUGGUUGCUAACCGCCAUCAUUAUAACAAACUCUUACAAGAGUAAGCUCGCUUCGAUCCUGAUCAAGCCGAUCCUGCAAGAACCGGAUUCGCUGCCCGAUUUGGUCGCCGCCGGAUACGAUUUUCAGAUACCCAGCAUAGAUACGACGUUCCUUCAGGAAACGCUCUUCAACUCGAACGACAACGACUUCAAGGAGAUUUUGUCGCGAUGGAACGACGGUUUGAACAUGUGCCAAUCCGUACGCAAAGCUCUGACCAGCAAAAUCGCCGUGAUCGAGGAGCGCUCCAACAUUAUCUCCACGGUUUGGAACGGAUGCAAGGACGAACUGACGAUGGACGAGAUCAAGAUGAUCCGGAUGAUCAGGCAGAGCAUCCUACCGAACAGUCACGUGUGGGCGCUGCAGCAAUCCGCGCCCUUCAACAAGCGCUUCACCACGUCUUUGGAGAUCAUCCAGAGCGCCGGCAUCACGACCGCUCUAUAUAACAACUACAAUCUGUCGAAGCCGAUUUGGCUCAGUAAUCAGCACAUCCCGGGCGAGGACGACGCGCAUCCCCUGAACCUUCGGACGCUCUUCGGGCCGUUCAUAGUGCUUUCCUGGGGCGCCGGUUUCGCAUCGGCCGUUUUCAUCUUGGAGUUGCUGUACGCCAGGUAUCAAAGGAGAGACGUUGUUUCAUUGGCGUCAUCUGCUUUUACUAUUAUGACAAGAUAAGUAAAUUUAUUACAUUAAUAGUUUAAAUAAGUUUCGGAAUGCGCUCGAACGGACGAUGAGCAUUUGUAAGUUUUAAAAAUAUUUAUUUACUCUCAAUCAAUUAAUUACGUAAUUACGGGUUGGUGG